UCAAGAACACAGUUGUGUAUAAGAGACAGGAGAGAGAGAGAGAGAGAGAGAGAGAGAGAGAGAGAGAGAUCAGUGUCAUAGUGUUGUUGUAAGUACAGCAGUAGCGACCAUGGCGGACCUAAUUGGCGAUGCGGAUGAGGCAUGGAAAAAGGAGAAGGGAGGCGAGUCGGACAAAAGCUUUGAGCAAUUGGAGAGGGAGUUUCAGGAUGUGCUCCAGGAUCUCCUUGGAGACAAAACUUUGGACAGGUUCAGGAUUGAGUAUGAGAAGCUGCACAGGGCCUUGAAGAAGUCUCACGAGAGCGAAAAGCGGUUGAUGAAAAAAUGUCGGGAGUUGAAUUCAGAGAUUGUAUCAAAUGCUGCCAAGGUCCAAAGUGCAUUGAAGCUCAGCGAAGAGGACCAACAUACCAUUCUGGCUUUGAAAAAGGAGAUCGAGAAGGCAUGGAAGAUGGUGGAUACAAGCCACGAGAAGGAGGCGAAGGCGAAAGAGAAUAUCCAACAGCUGAAGACGGAAAUCGCCAGCCUGAGCCGGCUGGUGGAGCAAGGGUCAGGAAUGAAUAUGGGCCAAGAGAGCACGUUGAACGAGCUGCUGAGGCAGAAGGAGGAGUUGAUGAGGGAGAAGGAAAACCAGAUGAGCCAGUUGAUGAGCCUCCGGGAGGAGGCAACUCAGGCCUCAGAGCGAUGCAGGAUAGCGGAGCAUGAGAAGGCCUCGAUGGAGCAGGAGCUAUCGAAACUUCGUGACAGCAUAGCUGCAAAGAAAGCGGAGGGAGAAAGGGAGCUGAAGAAGAAGGACAGGUUGGAGAAGGAGUUGAAGGAGCUGAAGCAGUCCUUAGAGGUGAAGCAACAGGAGAUCAAGGAGAAGCAGACAGCUGUCACACAAGGACAAGAACAAGUCAGCAAGCUCGAGCAUAUGCUACGUGAACACAAGGCCGCAAACGACAAACUUCAAAAGGACUAUGAGAUGCUUAAUCAGAAGGUGGUGAAGCUGCACCAAGACUUGGAGGAACAGAUACACACAAACACUCAGCUUCUGGCCGACAACUCGCAGCGCCACGUGGAGCUGAAGGUGAAGGAGGAGGAGAUUACAUCGAUCAAAGCAGAGGCGGCGAGAGUAAACAAGCUGAGAGAGAAUACCAUCAGCAAGAUCAAGGUGUUGGAGAAGCAAAAGCUAGAGGUGGAGAAGCAAAGGGAUGACCUGAAGCAAGAGGUGAGCACCUUGGACAGGGAGGUGGAUGCGCAGCGCCGGAUGUUGGAAUUGGAAAGGAAGAAGCAGGAGGAGCUAAUGAGGGAGAAGGACAUUCUGAACAAGGUGAAGACGCAAGCAGAGCAUGCAGCGCAGAAGCAUUUGGAUCUGAUCAGGAUCAACGAAGGAACAGCGAAGAACCUUGAGCAGGAGAUACAAGGGUACAAGGCGGAAGCGCAGAAACAGGCGAGGGUAAUUUUCCACCUGGAGAAGGAGAGGGAGAAGUAUGGAACCGAGGCAUCCGAGGCCACUAACAAGUACAUGCAAGCUCUGGAAGAAGUCAAGAUGCGAGAGAUGACAAUCAUCGAGCUACAGAAGAAGAUCGUCGAAGCCGAGAGCAAGAUGAAACAGCAACAGACACUCUACGAGGCCGUGCGAGGGGACCGGAACCUGUACAGCAAGAACCUCAUCGAGAGCCAGGACGAAAUCGGCGAGAUGAAACGCAAGUUCAAGAUCAUGAAUCAUCAGAUACAACAGUUGAAGGAAGAGAUUGCUACCAAGGAUUUGGCGCUCGUCAAGGAGCAUUUUGACCACAUGAAGGUGGAGAAGGAGAAGGAGGCACUGCGUUUCGAGAUGAACAAAGCCCAGCAGCAGAUCAACGAAGCAGAAUCCGCCAUCGCCAGCCAGAAAGCGGAGAUCGAGAAGCUCAACCACAUCAUCAACGAAGCCGAUCAGGAGCAACUCCGACAGAAGAAGGAGUACGACAUGGUGAUCAACGAGCGCGACAUCCUCGGAACGCAACUGAUUCGCCGCAACGACGAGCUUGCGCUCCUCUACGAGAAGAUCAAGAUUCAACAGUCGACGCUCAACAAAGGUCAGAUUCAGUACCGCGAUCGCGUGAACGAGAUACGAGUGUUGAAGAUCAAGCUUGCGGAUCUGAAGAGGGAGUUGUCCAUCCUCAUCAACAGUGUACAAAACAUCGAUGUGCUCAAGCGGGAGGUCCACCACUUGGGCAGGGAGCUACUCCAGGAGCGGACGAAGGUCAAGGCGUUGUCCGAGGAGCUUGAAAACCCGCUGAAUGUCCACAGAUGGCGAAAACUCGAAGGAAGCGACCCUACGAGCUACGAGAUGAUACAGAAGAUUCAGACGCUUCAGAAGAGACUGAUAGCAAAGACGGAGGAGGUGGUGGAGAAGGACAUGCUGAUCCAGGAGAAGGAGAAGCUAUACGUGGAGCUUAAGAACAUCCUGGCUAGGCAACCGGGGCCCGAAGUGAUGGAACAACUCGCGGUUUAUCAACAACACCUUAGGGAAAAGACGAGACAGAUGAAGGCCAUGGUAAGUGAACUCAACAUGUACCAAGUGCAGGUGAACGAGUACAAGUACGAGAUCGAGCGGCUCACUCGAGACCUUGACGAAAUGAAGAGGAAGUACUAUGAUCAAAAGAGGCGCGACCAGGUGGAGAGAGACAGGAAGAGGGCGGAAUCGCAACACCUAGGGGGGCUUACCACUGUGAAACCCGUGCUGCCACUGUUGGCGGCCAGGUUCACGGGGGGAGGGUUCAACGUCGACGUUCAUGCUGGAUCCAAAGCGAAACAAUAUGUCGAACCUGUGGAUGCAGAACGAGCGCCAGGUGCAGAAGGGGAAAAUCUGCUCAAACAUACAAAAGAAGGGAUAAACGUCAGUUACAGCAAGGGGACAGACCUUUCCGAGAAAGAAUCGGGCCAGAAAAGAAGAAGGGAGGAUGAUCCGCCAGAGGCAAAGGGAACCAAAGGAACAAACGCGUCAGGAGAGGGGUCAGAAGGUGAAGGAAUGGAGUUCGAUCUGACAGGGGACCAGGCGGACGACGAAGCAGGUGGGAAAAUUCCCAAACCAGAUGUUGUGUCCACAGAAGAUGAAGACCGCUCCAAACGGUCCUUAACUUGGCUCAGGCACUAUGUGGAAAAAGCAAAAMGGGAAAGGGAACAUGCUUUYGAUGUCCGGGUAGCAUGCCUGAAACACGCCAAGAGAUCCCAGGUGAAUGGGAAAAAGGAUGCCAUCACAGGAAACAACACCUCCUCCRAUCAGUUCGCAGUCCUUCAAAAAGCCAAAGCGGAGGAAUUUUCAGAAUAYGCAGCAUUYAGAUAUGCAGAAAAGAAGAGGGCAAGGGAACAAGGUACAGAGGAYAAGGACAAAACCAUUCCCACAACCAAGGACAACUUUCAGGAUCUGCGUCCCAAGGCAAGGAAAACAGGCAAAAACCAGAAAAGAAGGGACACCAACAAUGACCAAACCGAAGUGGAGGAGAAAUCAGAGCGCGAUCUUUUGGAAAAAGAAGCUGCARUGGUACUAUCUCAAACCGAAAAACUGAGAAAAUGGAACAAAGAAUAUGYACCUGAAUUCACAACCAUCACUCAGAUUGCGGAGGGAAAAGCCCCAAUGGUAGUGGAGUCGGCCAAAGCAGCCCGCAGAACACUGAGAAACAUCAGGCCGCUUAUCGCAGCCAGGUACGAGUCAAAGGCAAGAGAGUGGCAGAUCGCAACAGACAUAGCAUUCCAAAUCCCUCACUUUGUGGAAGGGGAAAAUGUGAUCAAAAGGCUCGAAAAUCAGGUAACGUUGGAAUCCCCAUUGGGACUGUUCGAGACGGUUGCAAUGGAGACAGACCUGGUUGGGAUCAGCACUCAAGAGGGCUCAGAAAAUGUUCGUAAUGGAAAGGGAGAAUCAGGCAGAAACUCCCCAAGAGCCUUCUCCCCCCUGAUAGCCAAGAUGCCAGAGUCCACACAGUUAAGUUCAGGGAUGAUUUGGAGACCUUGGCGAACGGUGGCCGAAGUACCAUACAACRUCCUUGCUGGCAUUGGAAUUUCGGCAGAGCUGACGGCCACAGCAAUGGCACACAUCCUUGAGGCAGGUCAGCUGGACGGAGAUGGAGAUCUGGAUGCGAGAGCCUAUGCCACGGACAGCGAAAGAUUCUAUAGGAGUGAUGCCUCAGACUGCUCAUCGUGCGAGGGGGACGAUGAACGCGAGAAGACGGACCGGUUGACCGAUCUGGGAAAAGUUGAGAAUGGCCAAAUGAAAUCAGAGGGGACAGGAGGGUCAAAUUUAGAGAAGGAGUCGUCGGAGGGAACUACUGACCCCCUGCCCCGCGAGGACAAGGAGCUGAAGACUGACCAAGAAGAAGGGGGAAAGGACCUGUUAAUGGGUACCUCCUCACCUCCCCCUACUUAGACACCCGACAUCUUAGAUCAGCUAUCCCCUUGACCCACCCCAGCCGCGUCUAUGGAAAACUUUAAAAGAAGAGCGAACGAGGCGGGAAACUGGAUCGACUGGAAGAGCCAAGGCCUUCAAAUAAGAGCAAGAAUGUGUGAAUUCGAACUCAGCGACUCAAUGACCAAACAUUUCUUUGCCCGAAUCAAAGCAAAUUCAAGAG